AUGAAUUAGUAUGGAUUGACGGAAAAAUUAUCAGAAGAAUAAAAAAGAAAAUUACAUGAAUUACAUCUCAUUCAAUAAAGAGAAUUAUCUGAAUUAAUAAGAAGACAUUAAGAAGAAUAAUUAUUGAUAUUUGAAUAAUGGAAGAAAGAAGAAUAAGAGUCUCAAAAUUAAUCAAAAAUUUUUUCUAUUAAAGAUGAUAAAAAUUCUAUAUUAAAUUACAAACCAUAUACCUUAAGUUAAUAUAAACUAUUGAAAUUAUAACCAAUAUUAAAAAAUCCUGGUUAAGGAUUGGGUCCAACAUUAUCAAUAGAGAAAUGGUAGAAAUAAAAGGAUAAAAUGGAUAGAAUGCUUGAAUUUGCAGAACAUGUAUUAACUUCAAAGAUAUUUAAAGGUUAAAGUAGAGCAUAGAUAAUUUAAAUAAAGAAUUCCAAAAAGUGAACCAAAACAAGUAACUGUUAGAUAAAAAGGUUUAGAAUUUGCAAGGAAUAUUUUAAAACCAAUUGCACCUUCUCCAAUGAGAAAAAAAUCAAUAUCGAAAAAUUCAGUUGAAAAUGAUGAAUUAAUUGAAUAUGAAAUGAGAAAUUAAUUAUUAAAAGAAUAGAUAGGUAAAAUGAAAUGA